AUGAAAACCACCAUAACCCUCCCCACCGGCCUCCCCCCGCUCAAACGCAGCGCCAUCACCAUCGGCCUCGAGCUCGAAUUCCUCAUAACACACCUCCCCCACCCCAUCGAAACGCACAACGAGCUCUGCAACGUCCCCAGCACCUUCAUCCUCAUCAGCGCCGCCCUCCUCCCCCUCUGCACCGCCCUGCGCAUCCCGCCCCCAAGCCAUGGCCACACCCUCCUCACCACCCACAGCACCUUCGCCGUCAAGCGCGACGCCAGCCUCUACACCUCCUCCGGGCGGCCCUCGCCCCCCCGCGGCGGAUCCCGCCUGGCCACCGGGGGCGGCGUCGAAGUCGCCACCCCGAUACUGUCGUACGGCACAUAUGCGCGCGUGGUGCACAUCAUGUGUGCGGCCAUCACCGGCGCCGUGGCGGCGGCGGUCGGCGCGCGGGUGGAGUGUAACCGCACCACCGGCCUGCACGUGCAUAUCGGGCUGGGGCGGCAAUACACGCUCGACGAGCUGAAGCGCCUCGCGAAGGCCGUCCUCAUCUUCGAGGCGCGCAUGGACACGCACCACCCGCCGCACCGGGACGGGAGCGUACCGAGCGCGGACGGGCUGAACUACAUCCAGUCCUGCAACGGCAACGAGGCGCUGCGGAGCCUGGAUAUGGGCGGGAGGGUGGCGAUGGUGGAUGGUGCGCGGUCGUAUCUGGCGCUGUGCGCCAUCAUGAAUACGGGGCGGUUUGUGGGCGCGCGCAGGGUCGAGGAGAUGUCGUGUCGGUUCUACAAGUACAAUUUCGAGGCCGUGGGGCAGUAUGGGACGGUUGAGUUCCGGCAGGCGGCGGGGACGGUGGAUGCGGUGUGGAUCGAGGAUUGGGUGGAGAGGGUGCUGAGGUUUGUGACGGCGGCGAUAAGGACCGAGGAUGAUGUCUUUAGAGAGUGGGCGCUGGUGGAAGGCGGGCCUGAUGAUCCGGCGGUGUUGGAGAGGUUUGGGAUUGGCGAGGUGAGCGAGAGUAUGGCAAGGAGGAGGAGGAGGCGGCGCAGGAGGGCGGAGAGUGCUAUCGGAGAUUCGAGGCCCGGUAAUAAGAGAUCGAGACUGUCGACCGUCACGAAUCAUGAGUUUCCAAAUCUUGGGCCUUUGACUCUCGAUCCAAAGCUCAAGACCACUAUUCCCCAGAGUUCAACUCCCAAGCUCCCUGACCCUUCCGCUUCGACUAUCCCUCCCAAGCCCAAAAUAACUGCCCAAAAACCUGUCAAAACAGACAUUACCUACCCCGAACUACCUGCCCUCAAUCCCAAGAUAACCGCCCACCUACAAGAAACCCAGAAAACAGACAUUACUCACCCAAACCUCCCUGCCCAGCAACCCCCCAGCACAACCCCAGACACCCCCAAAACCGACCCCAACAACCCCAGGAGAACCCUCUCCCGGGACGAGUCCACCAGCUGCAGACCAAAGGUGCCCAUCCCCAAGUUCAAGAGGAGACACAUCCCCACCGUCUCCCACAAGCCCGUCAUUCCGAAACCCAAACCCGCUGCGCGUGCUCCACUCUUCAUCCCCCCCACGCUCCCCGAUCCCAAUCGCAAGAUACCCACAAUGAUCAAGCCCGACCCCGCAAGUGGUAUUCCGGUCAUAGUUCUUGCAGACCCCGACGAGACCCCCAUCACUGCAUAUGUACGCGCCGAUAGCGACGUCGAAUCUCUUCCGUCGGUCAUCAGUGAUGGGGCGCCGACGUCUGAAGGGUCUGAAACCGGGUAUGAAUCGCCAGUGUAUUACGGCGAGACUGGUGGUUUGGCGGUGCAGAGUGCGCCUGUGUUUUCUAUUGUUGCGGUGUUGACGCUGCCGUUGGCGGUGGCGAUUUUGUGGCUUAGGGCCCAAUAG